AUGACCGUCUUCUUGAUAACAGGCGCGAGCUCUGGCCUAGGUUCCGAGCUGAGUCUCAAGGCUCUGCAGCAUGGCCACAAAGUCUUCGGAAUAACUCGCAACUCGGAUAAAGCUAGAGAAUCUAGUCCAAAUUUUGCGAAUUUGGGAGGCGUAUGGUGUGAGCUAGAUGUUUCCAGCGCCUCAUGCGAAAAUUUAAUUCGCGAUAUCGCUGAAAAGGAGAAUGUGGAUGUUCUAGUCAACUCAGCCGGGUAUGCACUCUUGGGCCCUGUGGAACAGAUUAGCGACACAGAGGCUCACGCCCAGAUGGAAACCAAUUUCCACGGGACAUUGCGGGCCAUUCGAGGCGUCCUCCCGACAUUUCGCUCUCGCCAAUCUGGCACCAUCGUCAAUAUUACUAGCGGUGCAGGAUUUAUUGGACUCGCUAGCCGGGGACUAUACGCCAGCAGCAAGUUCGCAGUAGAAGGUCUUUCCGAAGCACUUGCAAAUGAACUCAGUCCAUUUAACAUACGAAUUAUCAUCGCUGAGCCCGGUGCAUACCGAACCAAUUUUAUGGACACUCUCACCUUCCCAGAAGCAGGAUUAGGUCAAUAUUCGGACACUCCAGCUGCAAAAAUGCUUGAAUUGACGAAAAACAUGAGACAUCGUAAAUUAGGAGAUGUCGCCAAGGCUGCCGAGGUGCUUCUCAGCGUCAUUCUCGGAACGGGCCCUGCAACUGCUGAGGACAUAAAAAAGUGUUUGAGAAUACCUAUGGGCCAAGACUGUUGGCCUCUGGCUAAGAAGGAAGCAGAGGCAUGGCUGAAGGAAUUGGAUACAAUAGAGACCAUCUCAAUGAGCAUUGGAAUAGAAGAAUAG